AUUUCAAUGAUAUGAACAUGAAAAUUGUUUAAAACAAGAGAUCUUAAGGUCGAAGAUUACUAUUACGUAUGGUUGGGCUAUGUCUGCGGAAUCCUAGCCAUCUUUGUUUAUAUAAGAGCGUUAAGGAAAGUUAAGUAAUAGUAAGUAAUCAUAAAAUCGCAGUUAAUCAAACCACCACCUAUUGAUUUGAAAAAAUUUAAAAGUAGUGGUAGAAAAGGUACCCCUGGCUUUUAGUUGCAAUUAAACUACAUGACAUUCGCACUAUAUUGUUCGAUAUAUCUCCUAGAAAACUUUCAUAACUUUUCAUUUUAUUUCUUCGCUUAGUGUUGGAUAGUUAACUUGAACAUGGUUCUGCAAUUAUUUUUUUUAAUAACUCUUUGCAUUUCUGUGAGUUCGCUAAAUGCUCAAAAUAUAUCAUUGAGAAAUAUUCUUCAAGCUCUGGACAAGGAGCUCUCUUACCAAACAAUUUUACUGCUACAAGGCAACAACGAAUGCUGGAAUGGAGAACCCUUUUUAGAGGAUACACCUGUUCUCAUAACCAAUAAAAAUAAAAGCCUCUACCAAAAGGAUUUAUUCAAUACAAAUUUAAUUGCCUUUGUGUGCUUGGAGGAGAACAAAACCGAUAUAAUGGAGGUUCUCUACUCAAAUCUUGAAGAUAUCCGUGAAACGCCCAUCAUCCUUUUUGCAUUUUCGGAAAGCCAAAUACGACAAUUAUUCGUUAAAUGUAACGAGCAUCAAGUGCUGAGUGUGUUGGCAUUCAUUGGAUCAGAUCGAAGCCUUGUCCACAGCUUUCGAAAGUUUCCCAAAUUUCAGAUCAUCAAGAGAAAUGUAUCAGAGGUUCGGAGAUACUUUGAGCCACAACUAAGGGAUCUGGGUGGCCAUGUCCUUCGAGCUAUGCCCGACAACGUGAUUCCCCGCACCGUGGUCUAUAGGGAUGCCCAUGGAAACCGCCAGCUAGCGGGCUACCUCAACGAAUUUAUUAAAAACUACGUGAGUACCAUUAACGCCAGUCUCGAAAUAGUUUGGGAUUCGGUUCCCGAACAUGGUAUGACGGGAUUCGAGAAAUUAAUCCGCAAAUCGGAGGAGGCGAACGUGGACUUUCCACUGGCGGUUUAUGGCGUUGAACUUGAAUCGUCCCAAAUGGGAAUGGCCAUAGAGAUCUCCAGCUGGUGGCUAAUGCUUCCAAUGGAACCAAACAUGCCAAGAUCACGAUAUUUUCUCAAUGUAGGCUUGCAGGGAAUGGCACCCAUGGCCCUUAUUAUGGCAGUCGUUCUAUGCAAUGCCCAUAGAAUGGAGGCCGGGCUAGGACCCAGUAUUUGUUGUUUCUACAAUUUGAUAAAUAAAGCAAUCCGCGGAAUCCUUGCUCAGCCAUUUGUCAUGCCCAGACAUCUAUCCCUGAAACUAAUGCUAAUCUAUUGGUUACUAUUCACAAGUGGUUUCUUCUUAGCCAAUUAUUACACGGCGAACUUGGCUACGUGGCCUCCCGCCGGCAAUUAUAUCAGAAGCUGGGAAGAACUGCAUGCUUCAGGAUUAAAGAUUUUGAUAGUAAAUGAAGACUAUAAUCUGUUGAAAGAUAUAUUGGGCAGGGAGUUCGUAGAGGCCCUGAGGGAUGUAUUCGUGUUAACCAAUAAUACGAUGGACUUUCAAGGAAAACGAUUGUGGCUGGACCAAUCUUAUGGCUAUCCAGUUACCAACACUUUGUGGCCUAUUUUACAGAUCUCACAAGAAAGACUCCAUCAGCCAAUAUUCCGAAGAUCCGAUGAAAUAAUUAUUAAAUCAAUAUUUAUUCUAUCCCUGCCGAUGUCUGAUAAUUGCAUUUUUAAGAAAUCUUUGCAGAAAUAUUUCUUACUUACCCGUAAUAGCGGACUUUUCGACCUAUGGAUCCGUCAAAGCUUUUUUGAUUUGGUAAGGCUCCGGAAAAUUUGGUAUAAAAAAGAGAUGGACUUCAAGCCAUAUCAGGAUUUGAUGUGGCUGGACUUCUUCUACAUAUGGCUAACAUAUAUUGGAGUUACUAUUCUCAGCUUUAUUAUAUUCCUAUUGGAACUGGGCUAUCAUAGGUGGCAAGCUGCGAAAAUGUUAAACAAUGCACUGUAAGAACAAAUAUGUUAUCAAUCACACUAAAAAUCAGAAAUAAAAAAGUAGUGUUUGAAAUGAAAAAGGUCGUUUUCUUUAGAUAAUUAUAGCCAAUGACUUUUCGUACCAAUCUAGAUAGAUAUUCUGCAAUUAAGGACUAUGACUUUCAAGAUAUUUGAGGGAUAUCUAAGCUAAUGUUGACUUCAUUACAAUUUUUUGAGCAGUC